AUGGCUAGGAACGACGGACAGGUGCAGGCCCUAGGAAAGGCAGAAAUCGAUGACCUCAUUGGGAACUCCCUCAAGUCAGGGGAUACAGGAGAGCACCCCUAUUUUUUGCAACAGAAUAAUAUAUAUUGGGAAACUGGCCACCGCACGUAUAUUCCUUUCUUUCAUUUUCUAAUUCAUAAAUAUACCAACAAGAUAGUGGACGACCAGCUCCGGAAGUUCACGAACAGCAUGCAGAGCGUGCACCACACCCCCUUCGUAUUUCACAAGGAUGGCUAUUUCAGAAAUUACUACGGAGACCCUGACGUCAACAUGGUUUUCCACUUAAAGAAGAGUCCCAACUUUGUGUUUAACUCCACGGGAAGUUUAAACUCGUACAACCUGCUCGAGAAGAACUGCUCCUACGACAAACCCACGCACAUAUUCAACCAAGUGGUUAUGAGUGCCUUUAAAAUGGACCUGAAGAACGUCCUGGAGGGCAUUGUCCAGUGA